AUGGUGGUUCACCAGGAUUUCCUCCUCCGACUGAAGUCCACGUCGUUCAAGGGCCUGAAGUGUUCGCACCAGCCGUCGCCCUGGCUGGGCGACUGGGGCUACUUCAGCAUAAUGCCGAACAUCGGCAACGCUAAGCUCCUCGACACAGGUCCAGCUGAAGACGCAGACAGUGGACCCGCAGACAUCCCACCACCAAUUUUUCGCCAGGGUGCGCCGUGGCUGCAGUACUCUCCGAGCGAGUCCACCUGGAAGCCCUACCUCUUCAGCACCUCGCUGGGCACUGCGGGCUCACUAGAUCGCAUCAAGUUUGAGUUCACGCCCACGAGCCACGCGGGUGCAGGGCGCGUCAUCUUCUCGCCUGGUUCCACCGAGGACGGUGCCAUCGAGGUGCAGGUGCCGAAGGGUUUGACCAUCACAAACGGUCGUAUCUUGAGCGGCUACACUACCACGGCCGAGGGUCAGGUUCCCGACGGCUUCCAGUUGUAUUUUGUCAUGAAUUUCAGCAGGCAGCCAAUCCGUGUGGACGACCAGAGCUGCUUCGCGAGCGCCCUGGGCUUCAGCAAGUGCAGCUUGACCAGGAUCAUCUUUGGCCCCGACGCUGGAACGGUGGAGUUUGGGGUGGCCACCAGCCUGAUCUCCCUGGAGCAAGCCGCGCUCAACCUGAAGCAGCAGGUCUCUGGAAAGACAUUCGAGGAGGUCGCGGAGGAGGGCCGCCGAGUGUGGUCACAGGCCUUAGGGCGCGUCUCGGUGGAGAUGCAGGACGACGAGCAGCACAAGGUCUUCUACACCAAUCUCUGGAAGUCGAUGCUGUUUCCCCGCUUCCUGCAGGAGCAGGACAAGCACGGUCACGAGAUGCACUACAGCCCUUUCAACGGGUUAGUCCAACCUGGGAAAUUGGCCGUGGACAGCGGCUUUUGGGACGCGUACCACACGGUGUACCCCCUGAAUUCCGUCGUCUUCCCAGAGAACCUCGGGCACCUCAUGGAUGCCUGGGUCAACGCGUACAACGAAAACGGAUGGAUUCCACAGUGGGCCUCGCCUGGCAAUCGCGACUCCAUGGUGGGCACCAUGAGCGACGUGUCUGUGGCUGACGCCAUCGUGAAGAGCGAGGCGGGCGGCUUCUCCUUCGACCUGCAGACGGCCUACGAGGCCAUCCGGAAGGACGCGACCGAGCCCCCCAUGGACUGGGACAAGCGGGGAGGCCGCCCAGGGCUCGCGGAGUACAAUGAGUCGAGCUUCGUGGUCGAGGGAGCCACGGUGUCCAGGAGAACUGUCAGCCAAGGCGUGCCGACCAGCCGCCAGGCGCUGAUGGGAGCCAGGAGAGCUCGGAGUCCAAGUACGUCCACGACGGCAUGUUGCUCAAGGUGA